CCAAUUAAAAGUUUAGUGACUAAGAAGAUAAUAACUCCUAACUUGGGCAGCUGUUAUGUAAUUUGGCCAUCCUUCCUUCCUCCUUCGCCAAUAUUUCAUUUCACCGCUUCGAUAAAACAGGGGAGACCAGAGAACUUUCGAAUUUCCCCGGAAACCAGAGAUGACAGCGCGGCCGUUGUCCGAGACAUUCCGGUCCGUCAAGUCUCCGAAUCUCAAAUCGCCAAAGUUACCAUCUUCGACGGCGCUGCCGCAACCAACACCGCAAUCCAUUUCAGCGCAAGCGGAGUCCAGCUCGAAAUCAGGGUCUUGGUGUGUUUACCUCAUCGCUUCCACCAAUCCCCCAAUCAAAACCUACGUCGGCGUCACUACUAAUUUCUCCCGCCGGUGAGUUGGUACAUCUUCUCCGAUUUCAUAGAAUUCGACGUGUAUGCUCAUCUGGGUCGCACUCGGUUGCUUUCGGGUAUCGAUUGGAAUCGGGGGCAGAUCUUUGUUUGCUUGCCUUGGUAUAGUUGAAUGAUCGAAUUCCAGAUGAAUUUGUAGAGUGUAUGAUAUUGUUUCCAUGGAGCUCUAGGAACGGGGAUGUUGAUCGGAAAUGUGCUUAUUGCUGCAAAAAUACAGUCUUCAGAGAGUCUUCAUACCUUUUUACUGUUUGGUUCCCCUAGUCCUAGAUUAGAGCUUGAAUUGAGGUGCAUAAACGCCUUAUAGCAUGGCAGUAGAAUCGAAUCUCCCAGAUGUUACCGGUUUCAUCAGAAAGUGACCAACUUUUUUUCACUCACGUCUUGUACAGUUAGGGACAAUAAUGAUAACAAUUUGAUGCGUGUACUGAUAUUGCCAUUAUGAGAUGUUGGUAACCCCAUUUCUUGCAGAAGCUUUGAUGCAUUCCCAUAGCUUACAUUGCGUAGGAUUGAAGAAGAUUUUUUCUGUUUUGGCGUUGGCUUUCUACAUUCUACAGGUUGAGACAGCACAAUGGGGAGCUCAAAGGUGGAGCGAGAGCAUCACGCGCAGGGAGGCCCUGGUUCUGUGCUUGCUUAAUACAAGGCUUCUGCAACCGGAGUGAAGGUGAAUUUCUGCAAAAACUUGACACCGUCACUUAAACAUUUUUACUCUAUAAUCAUUCAACCAAGCCACAAUGUUUCAUCUUUGAUUGAUUGGUUGUGGAGAAAGUAUCCAUAUCCCCGGCUCAAAAUGCAUCCCCUUCCUCUUGGGCAAUCCUCAUCCAAACGCAGACUCUCACUUUUCUCUAUACCUGUCUUAUAUGCAGCCUGCGAGUUUGAAUCAAAAUGGAAAGGAUUUUCAAGGAAAUUGCCUCGAAAGAGAGUGUCUGACGGUGUGAGCAAUGAGAAGGCUGAUGGCUUAAAGAAACUGAUGGAGCACAGGGAGUUGGCUCUCAGUAGAGUUAAGGACGCCUUUGAUUGCAGUCAGUUGGAUAUCAGCUGGCAACUGUAGCAGCAGUUCUGUGUUGGAGGCAUUCCCUUUCUGGUCUCCCCAUUAGCACCUAGAAUGAAAGAUGAAAAGUUCACUUUCUCUGCAUCGGUAUUAUUUGCAGCCACCAGAAGUUCAGACCAAUGUGGAGAAAACAUUUUUGGAGGAAAUCGCCUCGAAAGAUAGCACGGGACAAUGUGAAGAAAUACAAGAGUGAUGAGUUGCAAAAAAACUGCUCGAGCACAGGAGUUAGCUCUAAGUGCCCCUCAAGGAUUCAUUUUAUUGCAGUCGAUCAGAUAUUCAGAUAGCGGAUGGCUACUGCAGCAGCAGUUCUCUGCUCCAGAUAAUUUCUACAGGCAUCUGCAGGUUCACGCUAUCUAUAUUAAGUAUUGAUCGAUUUUCGUAUUAAUGUAUUGCUGUAAUGUAGCUGAAUUUGUAAAUGCAGCCGGAAGCAUCUCCUCUUACGAGACUGAAGAUCUUGUGGAUGCAGUCCCUGCAAGAAAUUUGGAUAAAUUGGCUGUGAAUUGAACGAUUCUUAUUAUUAGUGAUUUUUGUUGAGUAAUUUCUGUGGUAUUAAUGCUGUUGGUGGUUGGUAGCUGCAGCCUGCAAGUUUGGUUUGGCAGCUGAGCUUUUAAUAUCCUGCCAAACUCUCUUCACUGGUUCAAACGGCCAGAAAAGUUAUAUACAGCAGCCUUUGUCUUCUCAUUCUUCUUCCAUUCUCCAUCUUUCCUUCGCCAUUUGGUGCCUACUCUAAUGGCUUCCACACACAUUUCAUCGUCCCUCUCAUUACCAAGCCCUGAUCUUCCUCAGUCCAACCGUUUCUGCAGCAGCCCAAACACUGCGGCACUUCAACCCUCCGCUGCCUUCCCACCGAGGUUCACACAGAAGAGUCGUCGAAACAACCCACCACCAGCAAUCAUCAGACGGACCAUCAUCAGCUGCAGCAACAGCAAUGGCGCCGCCGAACCAGACUCGCAGCAACGCAUAGGGCAUGUGAUGAUUGAUCACCUGGAGCGACUGGAGAGGUCGAUGAUGGAGAACUAUAACAUUGAGAGGCUGGUAAAGCUCGGUAAGCAAGCAGCAGAGGGGGCCAGGAAGGAGGCCUUUCUGCUCAAGGAACGAGGGUUCGCGGAAGAGACGACGGUCAGUGAGCUGCUCAGAGCUUUGGAGCAGAUGGAGGUGGCUUUGGCUGCCAUCGAGAAAGAUGGGAUUGGAAUUGCAGGGGAGAGUGGGGAGGAGGCUGUGUGGCACGCUUUGGAUCGGUGCAGGCAGGCUAUCCGUAUUGCCAAUUCCUUUCGGUGAAAAAAGUUGUCAAACCGGUUUAUAUCGUUGUGCCGGUUUGACAAGUGGAAUGGUAUGACCGGUGGUAUGACCAGUUUGUACCGGUUCAUGCCGGUUUAAAAAAUAUGAAAACAAUUAAUAUCCAAUGUAUUUAAUCAUAUAUAAAACAUAUUUGUGGACAAUUUAGUUACAAUCCAACAAAUAUCAUCAACUUUUAACUAUUACAUUCAUAAAAUGAAUAAUAAAUUAAUUUUUUAUUCAUUAAAUUCAUUAAAAUGAUGUCAUUUUACUUAGAAUGUGUAAGUCGAUCAUACCAAUCAUACUGGUGGUGUUAUGCCGGUUUCAUAACCGGCACAGGUUCAACCGGGUGGCAUGCCACCGGCAUGACAACCAAAGCAUCUAUUGCUUUUCAUGUGCUCCAUCAUCACCCUGACAUUAUACUAUUAUUGUGCUUUAAAAAGAGCGUCUUUUAAGUCAGAAAGUUCAACUGGCAGGCGCGUAAAACAAAGAAGAUCUUUGACUACUUCACUAAAUGAGUAGAAUGUGU